CUUUAACAUGGAAAAAGAAAAUGCAAGAUCCAUUGCUUCUGGACACAACAAUGUAAAGGACCUGGCUGUUUACGCAGUGCUUGACGGACCUGGCUCGAUCACUCCAUGGAGAAUUUCUCCUUUAUGGACAUUACAGGAAUUGGAAAAACAGCUUUCCAACGUUCUUGGUUAUUUCUUUAAGGCUUGUCAAGAUUUAAAAGACUUUAUUUCGACUUAUCAACCUCCAAAGGAUCUAGAUGUUCCAGACGUCAACAUAUUGUUUGUCGGUGCGGUUGGUGCAGGAAAGUCUAGCUUCCUUAACACAGUAAACUCAAUAUUCCAUGGAAAUAUGACAUCACGCGCAUGUACAGGAAGUUUUGAUCACAGCCUUACAACAAAACUUCAGCAACUGCGGGUUCGGGAUCCAUCCACAGGAUCUUACAUGCAUGUCCGACUUUUUGAUAUUCCUGGUAUAGAAGAGGAGCUUUCAAUCAAACAAGAAGAUAUAGGUUUUAUCCUUGAUGGUCAUCUUCCAAAUCAAUACAAGACAGAGACACCAAUCAAAGAUAAAAUUCACGUUGUGGCUUUUGUGAUUGAUGCUAGUACUAUUGGAAAACUAAAGCCAGGCGUUGUACACAGACUGAGUGUUAUCAAAAGACUUAUUAUAUAA